AUGGGGAAAACAGUCGUUGGGGCCAGUAGGAUGUUCUGGCUAAUGUUUUUCGUGCCGCUUCUUCUUGCGCUCUGCCCCAGCGAGCCCGCGCAUGCCCUGGCACCCGAAUCGAGCCGAGUUGAGCUGUUUAAGCGGCAAAGCUCGAAGGUGCCAUUUGAAAAGGACGGCAAAGUCACCGAGCGGGUUGUCCACUCGUUCCGCCUCCCCGCCCUUGUUAAUGUGGACGGGGUGAUGGUUGCCAUCGCGGACGCUCGCUACGAAACAUCCAAUGACAACUCCCUCAUUGAUACGGUGGCGAAGUACAGCGUGGACGAUGGGGAGACGUGGGAGACCCAAAUUGCCAUCAAGAACAGUCGUGCAUCGUCUGUUUCUCGUGUGGUGGAUCCCACAGUGAUUGUGAAGGGCAACAAGCUUUACGUCCUGGUUGGAAGCUACAAUAGUUCGAGAAGCUACUGGACGUCGCAUGGUGAUGCGAGAGACUGGGAUAUUCUGCUUGCCGUUGGUGAGGUCACGAAGUCCACUGCGGGCGGCAAGACAACUGCGAGUAUCAAAUGGGGGAGCCCCGUGUCACUGAAGAAGUUUUUUCCGGCAGAAAUGGAAGGAAUGCACACAAAUCAAUUUCUUGGCGGUGCGGGUGUUGCCAUUGUGGCGUCCAACGGGAAUCUUGUGUACCCUGUGCAGGUUACGAACAAAAAGAAGCAAGUUUUUUCCAAGAUCUUCUACUCGGAAGACGAGGGCAAGACGUGGAAGUUUGGGAAGGGCAGGAGUGAUUUUGGCUGCUCUGAACCUGUGGCCCUUGAGUGGGAGGGGAAGCUCAUCAUAAACACCCGAGUUGACUGGACACGCCGUCUGGUGUACGAGUCCAGUGACAUGGGGAAUACGUGGGUGGAGGCUGUCGGCACGCUCUCGCGUGUGUGGGGCCCCUCACCAAAAUCGGACCAGCCCGGCAGUCAGAGCAGCUUCACUGCCGUGACCAUCGAAGGAAUGCGUGUGAUGCUCUUCACACACCCGCUGAAUUUUAAGGGAAGGUGGCUGCGCGACCGACUGAACCUCUGGCUGACGGAUAACCAGCGCAUUUAUAACGUUGGGCAAGUAUCCAUUGGUGAUGAAAAUUCCGCCUACAGCUCCGUCCUGUACAAGGAUGAUAAGCUGUACUGUUUGCAUGAGAUCAACACUAACGAGGUGUACAGCCUUGUUUUUGCACGCCUGGUUGGCGAGCUACGGAUCAUUAAAUCAGUGCUGCAGUCCUGGAAGAAUUGGGACAGCCACCUGUCCAGCAUUUGCACCCCUGCUGAUCCAGCCGCUUCGUCGUCAGAGCGUGGUUGUGGUCCCGCUGUCACCACGGUUGGUCUUGUUGGCUUUUUGUCCGGCAAUGCCUCCCAAAACGUAUGGGAGGAUGCGUACCGCUGCGUCAACGCGAGCACGGCAAAUGCGGAGAGGGUUCCGAACGGUUUGAAGUUUGCGGGGGUUGGCGGAGGGGCGCUUUGGCCGGUGAGCCAGCAGGGGCAGAAUCAACGGUAUCGUUUUGCAAACCACGCGUUCACGCUGGUGGCGUCGGUGACGAUUCACGAGGCUCCGAGGGACGCGACUCCUCUGCUGGGUGCGAGCCUGGACUCUUCUGGUGGCAAAAAACUCCUGGGGCUCUCGUACGACGAGAAGCACCAGUGGCAGCCAAUAUACGGAUCAACGCCGGUGACGCCGACGGGAUCGUGGGAGACGGGUAAGAGGUACCACGUGGUUCUUACGAUGUCGAAUAAAAUUGGCUCCGUGUACAUUGAUGGAGAACCUCUGGAGGGUUCAGGGCAGACCGUUGUGCCAGACGGGAGGACGCCUGACAUCUCCCACUUCUACGUUGGCGGGUAUAAAAGGAGUGAUAUGCCAACCAUAAGCCACGUGACGGUGAAUAAUGUUCUUCUUUACAACCGUCAGCUGAAUGCCGAGGAGAUCAGGACCUUGUUCUUGAGCCAGGACCUGAUUGGCACGGAAGCACACAUGGACAGCAGCAGCGACAGCAGUGCCCACGGUACGCCCUCGAUUCCCGUUGACAGCAGUGCCCACGGUACACCCUCGACUCCCGUUGACAGCAGUGCCCACGCUACGCCCUCAACUCCCGUUGACAGCAGUGCCCACAGUACACCCUCGACUCCCGUUGACAGCAGUGCCCACGGUACGCCCUCGACUCCCGUUGACAGCAGUGCCCACGGUACGCCCUCAACUACCGUUGACAGCAGUGCCCACGGUACGCCCUCAACUCCCGUUGACAGCAGUGCCCACGGUACGCCCUCAACUACCGUUGACAGCAGUGCCCACGCUACGCCCUCAACUCCCGUUGACAGCAGUGCCCACAGUACACCCUCGACUCCCGUUGACAGCAGUGCCCACGGUACGCCCUCGACUCCCGUUGACAGCAGUGCCCACGGUACACCCUCGACUCCCGUUGACAGCAGUGCCCACGGUACGCCCUCGACUCCCGUUGACAGCAGUGCCCACGGUACACCCUCGACUCCCGUUGACAGCAGUGCCCACGGUACACCCUCGACUCCCGUUGACAGCAGUGCCCACGGUAAGCCCUCGACUCCCGUUGACAGCAGUGCCCACGGUACGCCCUCGACUCCCGUUGACAGCAGUGCCCACAGUACGCCCUCAACUCCCGCUGACAGCAGUGCUCACAGUACGCCCUCAACUCCCGCUGGCAACGGUGCCAAUGGUACGGUUUUGAUUUUGCCCGAUGGCGCUGCACUUUCGGCCUUUUCGGGCGGAGGGCUUCUUCUGUGUGCGUGUGCUUUGCUGCUGCACGUGUUCUUUACGGCAGUUUUUUUCUGA